AUGUCUAACCUCAAAUCUGCAAUGCCGUCAGGUCUACCAUCAGGGUUACCUCCAGGCCUUACAGAUAUAAACCUCGGUCCAUCACCAUUCACAUCUUUUUCAGGCGAUUUCCUAGGCCUCCCUAUUCCAGACGACGAUCAGCUCUGGGCCCUAAGCCCCAUCUCACCAAUGGCGACAGCCUGGGAUAAAUCAGAUUCGGCGGCCUUCGCCAACUCCGCUCUCGAACGAGACCUCAAAAACGCCCAGGUCAGAAAUGGCCAACCAACACCACCUCCAUACGAUGACCAAACCCGCGACCAUCUAUCGGGUCUCGACAUGAUGGAAACAGCCUCCAAACGAAGGCGCGUCCGCGAGUACAAAACCGCAGCCGCAAGUCUCAGCCCGGACCUAGACGAUGCCCCGCACGAACGCGCAAAACGCGCAAAGUUCCUAGAGAGAAACCGUCUCGCAGCAAGCAAAUGUCGCCAAAAAAAGAAAGAACAUACUCAGAAACUCGAGUUUGAUUUCAAGGAACAGUCCGAGAAAAAAGAACAGCUUGUUGCGGAAAUCGCACGGCUGCGCUCUGAGAUCCUAGGGCUCAAGAAUGAGGUGCUGAAACAUGCGCAGUGUGGCGACGAGCCAAUCAAACUGCAUCUCGCGCAGAUGGUCAAGAAAAUCACUGACAAAGAUGGUGGUGCCCCAUCUGCGGGUGUGCCGGAAGAGUCGCCUGUGAGAAUUCCCAAUAAUAAUCCAUCCGUCUCCCCGCUCGAACCCACCCCGGCUCCUCCGGUUACCGCGGCUGUGCCUGUUUCGGCGCCCGCACCGACGGCGAUGUCGUUUGGGUUUGAUGAUCCGCUGCAACUUGAGCCUGCUGCGGCGGCGGCGGCCGAGGCCUUUGAGCAGCAGAUGCGGCGCGAGAGUGAGGCUUCGCUUGUAUCGGAGGGGUCGUAUUCCUUCUCGGCGGAGGAUACUUCCUUUGAUGAUUUGAUCAAUGUGUGA